AGAGUGAGGGGGGAGGUUUAUCCAGCAGCGCUGAUGAGACAGAAGUUUCAGCUCUGUGCGUUGCACACGGCCAGGACAGAAGAGACCUUCCGUAUACAUACAGAUAAGAUGCUGCUCCCAGCCGGCCUGUUGAUUGGUCUGCUGUGCCUGAGUCACAUGGGCAGUGCGUGGGGUUUCGCCCGUCUGCUUGAUGAUGUAGAGCUGCGCUCAGCUUUCUCGGUCGCUCGCACCAGCAGCAUGGAAGGUGGACCGAAGAUGACGGUGACCUUUGACGCUGUUUACGUCAACAUCGGUGGGGACUUUGAUGCCAAGUCUGGUCUGUUCCGCUGUCGUAUCCCUGGAGCCUACUACUUUUCCUUCACCGUGGGAAAGUUUCCACAUAAGGACCUGUCUGUGAUGCUGAUGAAAAACAGGAAUGAGGUGCAGGCCAUUGUGUAUGAAGAAAAUGCAGGGGAGGAGAGGAAGGUGCAGAGCCAGAGUGUCAUGCUGCAGCUGGAGUUCGGGGACACUGUCUGGCUCCGUCUCCAUGGCGACCCUCGCUACGCGCUGUACAGCAACACUGGACACUACACCACCUUCAAUGGUUACCUUGUGUACCCCGAUGUCUACGGCUACCAAACGCACCACCAUCACCACCAGCAGCACGCCGACUCCGAGCAGCCACUGCAAGACAACAUCCCAGUGCCGAGCGACAACCAGGCCACGGAUCAUGUCAGACCCGGAAUGACGGAUGGGGAGAAGGAGCCGCAAAUAAAAGAGGAAGAAGAGGAGGAGGAGGACGAAGAGGAUGACCAGAGAUCUGCUUUCUCGGUGGGGCGCACCCAAAGCAUUGUGGGCGUGAACCAACUGGGCAUGCCGCAACACCAGCCGGUGAGCUUCGACACUGCAUUUGUUAACAUAGGGGAAGACUUCAACGUGACAGAGGGAGUGUUCACCUGCCGCAUUCCCGGGGCGUACUAUUUCUCCUUCAACGUGGGCAAAAUGCCACAGAAGACACUGUCCGUCAAACUGAUGAAGAACCGCCUGGAAGUGCAAGCGAUGAUCUAUGACGAUAGCCAAGGUGAGAAAGCUCUGCAAAGCCAGAGUUUGAUGCUGUCACUUAAACCAGGGGACACAGUCUGGCUCUACUCCCACCAGAGAGAUGGAUUCGGUGCCUACAGCAACCACGCCAAGUACAUCACUUUUACCGGCUUCCUGGUAUACCCAGAUUUUCCUGCUGCCGCCACCACCAAUACUGCCACCAGCCAAUCAUAUGCAGACAAGAAACCCUAGCUGCAGCACCUUGACUAGGCACCGAACAUUUCUGGAGGAAUUCAUACAAGAUGGAAAAGUCUCAGAUUUCACAGAAAGUACUGGGGAGCUGUACUCCAAAUGAAUGCUGCUUUGUGGCUGUCUUUCUGCUUCAUAUGAAUUCCUUCACAAAGUCACAGCGACCCGGACUGAGUGCAGCGCUUACAACAAAAUCAAUGUUCAGCCAGUGGCUUCCCAGGAUAUGAUGUUGGCAGAUGUGAAUAUUUAACUCUUUAAUGAAAGUUCAGUGGUUAUCACCCACUCACUCCUGUGUUGGCUCAUCAGUUAGCGUCCAUGUCUUUUAUACAGCUCAAAAACAGAGUGGGAUUCAGAAAUGCUCUGUGAUAUACUGUUAAUGAUUAUUAUAUGAUUGGAUGGAUAUUGGGACAAUAUGGUGGACUGCUAAGGUGGAAUGCUAGCAAGCUAACUUCUAAGUUAGGCAACAAAGAUAGGUUAGCGAGCUGCAUGUGCGGUCACAGAUAUCUGAUAAUUAAUGCCAGCUGUUAGAAAGUCACUCACAAACACUGAAUCCAAGGCGGUGCAAUAAACACAGCAAGUUAUUUUUUAGACAGCAGCAAUGAAAAUGCCCCAAAAGACAGUUUCACUUCUCGCUAUAAAGACAAAGAUAAAAAACUGAACCUAACUCUACACCUGCGUAUUUCUGCUGCACUGAAACUGAGUUGUUUCCGUUGUCAGGCCCAAGUGGCUCAUAGAUUUGGCUUUGUUAGCUUCUUUUUUUAGACGAGGCUACUGCUCGUUGCCGCUUGAUGACUUUAAGUUGUUGACAAAUAAACACAUAUGUUACUUGCCAACUACAUUGCUAGAUUAAGUGAUUAAAUGAGGCGACUUUAGUUAAAGUGUUAUAUGAUUAUUUAAUGUUGACAGUUGGCCGGUGCGUACCACAGUACAUUGUCCUUGUAAAGUCUUUAUAUUUGAUUGCAUUUUGAACAUAAGAUCUUGCUCUGAAGAGAAACUUGUAAGCAUGUUUUGAUAAAUGUGCAGUAAACGUCCUGUGUAAUGUACUGCAGAAUUAUAAAGGAAGGGUUAAACUGCGAAACGAUGUACUUAAUUCCAUUACAUUGAGCAAAAUGAAAAUUCAAACAGCAUGCACACUUCAGUCUGAGCUGUAGACAUAAAGCUGUGGUAGAUAAUCACUGAAUUUUUCAUUUUUUUGAGCAAAAUAUUCCUCCAAGUGCAUUUGUUACCCUCGUCCAAGGUGUUUCUGCUUGUAAAGUGUCUUUACUUUCUUUGUCUAUAGAGGCAUGUAAAUUGAUAUGAAAUUUGUGUGUUUUGUGUCAAAAUUAGUCUUUUUUUUUUUAAAGUUUGGUGUUUCUCGCCCAAAUAUCAGCCGCAGGAGGAGCAGAGCGCGACGGGAACAAACUGACGUAGCUGUAGAAAUGUGCAGACUCCAUAUCCAUCCGACUGUUGACCACAUGCCACCUCUGAGCCUGCAGGGAUCUGGACCUUAAUUUGAUUUCUAAUUCUAGCGGCACUUAAUUCAUGUCUUCAGAACCACUGUGGGGAAAAUGUAAUUGCUUCUCCCGGCAGCUAUAAUAUGCAUGUCUGUUUAAUUUCACGCCGCAGGGGAAACGAUGAUGCUGUUCAAGUUGUGAUGAACCUUGACUUUAUGAAAUCACCUUCUCUGUUGGAAAGGCAACAUGUGAACUAAUACUUCACUUUUACUGAACAUUUACAUUUUUAUUACAGUUAACUGGCUAUAAAUUCCCAGGAAUGAGGUUCUCAUAUAACCAGGGGUAAAAAAUGCAAACCUGCUUCCUGAAGACUAAAAUAACAAAUCAACAUUAGUUUCAUUAAUCAGUAUUUUGGUGGUACUGACAGCAUAAAUGGCUGUGCAAUUAUAAAAGGUUGCCCAGUGUCGAACCCACACUGAAUUAUUAUCCCAUUUUGCUUAACAGCUCACUCUCACAGCAAACGACAGAGUCUGUGCUCGUGUGCAUUUAACCCAACACAGUUUCCUCAACAGAGGAAAUAGAGACUGACUGGCAUUCAUCAGGUGGAGAGAAGUGCUGCUCCACCUGAGCAAUGGUGGUGUUCAUGUACAUCUGCUGCAGGUGCAGCUGCUUUUGUGUCCAACCAGACACUACAGUCCAAUCACUUCCAAAAUCCCUCUUUUAUUAUUUGGAUAAGCAGAAUCUUUCAAAUCAAGCCAAAUAUUCUCCCUAAAUUCAAGCAAACUUAUUUUUUUUUAAUUGUUAGAGGAGUCAACAAAUUAAAUGUGAAGAAAAAAGAUAGAAAGGUUUUGUCCCCUAGCAACAAAAUCUGUUAUUAGUAUCAAAAGUUAAAAAGGCCAUUAACAAAACAUUUCACAUUAAAUACCAGAGGCCUUGAGUUUGCUUUCUUUUAGCUUUUAUCAGAUCGCUCAAGAUAUAAUUUUCCUCUUGUAAAGCUGUGGGUGGAGAAGUUCACACUUAAAUAAGACAUAAGCUAUGAUGUCCACAUCAUAACCAGCGAAUCAGAGAUCUCGGACAACUGCCGAUCCUGAGCCACACAGAAAAAUCUCUAUUAAUUAAUUAGCCCAGGAAACUUGUGUAUAAACACUUCCUCUUGCGCCAGUGAAGUGCAUUCAGACUGAAGCACCACAGCAGGGGUAAUCAUCGCGUGGGUAGCCACGCUUCAGUUGGCAAGCUGAAUGGCAGUGAAUGUUGCAGCCAAUACACGUAACUCCUAAAAUAAUCCAAACAGCCACGCUAUUAAUAAACUAGAUGCCCGUUAACCAUGCUGCGGUCCUGCCAGUUUUACCGGCCCUUGGAGCGCCGCAACGGUGAAAAAUUCAUUGGAAGGAAACAUAAACAGUGGGCUGGUGCAAAGUCAUUUGGACUGAUUAGGAAAAAAUACAAGCUGCAUUAUAAGAAGCAUACAACCCUUCAUGUAUCCCUGAAUUCUGACUAUCCCUCAUCUGGCAGUAAUGUGAUUAAUUGCUAAUAUUAAGAGCAGAAAUUUCUAACCACACACACCGUGGCAAAGGAGGAGACAGAAAUGAGAGUGUGCAGCAGCAGGAAGUUACAUCAAAUGGACCAAGGUCUUUAAAACUGGGCUUUAAAAUUAUGAAAACCUGAAGAGAUAAACCUGAAAAUGUUCCUAAACGACAGCGUUAGAGUAGUGGAAAGUAAAAAGAAAAGUCUUUGCUUCAUUGUCACAUCUUUUGGGCACAGGAAAAAUGAUUUUGCACCAGCUGGUCUCCGGCUUCAGGUGGCUCCACACUCACAGUCUCACUAAUCCACAAUUUCCUGUCCUUUACGGGCUGCACUCACUUCUGAGAAAUUCAGAAAAAUAUGCCUUUUUUUUUAACAGUAUGAAAUUACACUGUGAGCGUGGCUCAUUGCAGAUAUAUUCUGUCACAGUCUAACACUCAGUGAGGAGGAGUGCACACAGGUGGAACGCCUCAGUUCAGCUUUCAGAACCGUGACCAGUCUGCAAAGGUGUCCAGAAAUCCUGCACCAAACUCGUGUGAUGCAUGCAUUUAAGUGAAAUACAUGAAAAAGAUACUUUGUCACGAUUGCAGAGCAGCUUCACAGACCCACUCGAUGCCUGCUGUGUACUUUUCUUGAUUAGUGACUUAUCUGUAUAGUAACUGACGAUAUGUUGGAUGUUUCGGGUCUGUGCUUCUCUGUUUCUGAUAAUCCCCAAUGGAAGACUGUGUAUUAGUAAAUGUGGCACAGACAUGGGUCGAAAUGUGCUCGCUUUCUGGAACAGCAUCAUUUUACUCGGCAUGAUUGAAACUGAAACUGUGACCCUGCUUAUGGGGAAAGAGGGCUCAGUUUGACCCACAGCCUGUCUGCAGUAGUCUGCCUCACGUUGACUCUUUAAAGUGUUUCGAGUAUUUCUUAUUUGUAAAAUGAAUGCUUCAAUGAAGAUGUUUGACAAAAUAAAAAAUAAACAAAGGUUUGAGUGUCAUUCUGACUGCGAUGAAA